AUGCCGCCGGCAAUGGCUCCCCCCACCAUCAACGACCACGACGCUCAAAAUGACGCCGAGUCGCAUUACGGAAGCGCCAUCGACGAUGCUGAAUUCGACUAUGCCCAGCUAGACGGCAUCCCCCGCCGCCGACACCAGGUAGAAUCGGCAGGCAGCGAAUAUGAACCGCCUUCCGAGGAAGACGUCGACCGAGAAAAGACAAAGAGGGGAAGGUCACGCUCGCGAUCAAAAUCCAUCCUCACCCCGCGCCCUCCAAAACGUUCAUCAGACGGCCUAGCCCUCCAUACAGAACGGCCCUCAAAACGGCACAAAACCCCCUUCAACUACUCCUACCUCGCCCUCCUGAACGCCGACAUCAUUGACGCCGCUUCGCGCUUCGUUCCUACCGGCGACGAAACCACCCAGCAACUAGCUCCUUCCCAGAUCGGUCUAACCGUCUGGACCCCCGCUGAAAAGGAGCUCUUCUUUUCCGCAGUCUCCCGCCUCGGCCCGGACUCCGCUUCCGCCAUCGCUUCACGAAUCCGCACCAAAAGCGAGCUCGAAGUUGCCGAGUAUCUGGAAGUCUUUCGGCAGACCAUCAAGACCAGGCAGGACCCCAAACUCGCAACCCCGGCGCAAUUGCUGCAGCCCGUGACGCCGGCCGAGGUUCCGGCGGCUGUGGAACUAAGUCAGCAGUGCUGUAAUGCCCUCGAGGAGGCGGCAGAUGCGGUUGCUAGUAGGCAAGAGUCGUGGGAGGAGGCGGAAGAGAUGCGGAAGUGGGGGGAGAACAGGUGGUUGAUCAGGAAGGAUAACGUAAAGGGGUUGGAGAUGGAGGCAAGAGAGGAGAGGGAGAAGGAGACGGAAAGGAAGCAGAGAGAAGGGAAGGGAAAAGGCAAGGAUGUGAAUCAAGAUGGUGAUUAUGAGACGGUAGUAAAAACCGAGGAGGACGUCGAUGAAUUUGGCCAAAGGAAAUUGCCCGCUCUUGAUCUGUUCCGAGUCCGAACAAUGCUCGACCUUUCCGAGAACGUCUUCAUGAAUUCUACCGUCGACGACUACAACUGGAGCAGCAUGUCCCACGAGCCACCUGCCAUUCGAGCCACUGCCCUCGAGGAUUUACAUUCGCUGGUAGUCUCGCUAACGCGAAGGCUCGUUGCGGCAGUUAUUUACAUCAGCGAAUCACGCAUCAAAGCCAAACGGGCCGUUCACCCGUUAACACGAAACCAUGUCUGGAUACAGGACGUCGAAGCGGCAGUCCUUUCCCUAGGGUUAAAGAAGAAUAGCCAUCAAUUCUGGGCUAAAGCAGCAAGACGGUUAAGACUGGAUGUCUACGGGGACGAAGACUAUGACUACAAGGAGGAACUGGCGCGAAAAGAGGAAGAAGGGAUAGAUGUGGACGUUGAAAUGAUACGAGACGAACCAGAGCCAAUGUCCUACGCCGAAGUAGAAGAAGCCCUAGGCCUCGAACCUGAUACCAACCGCCCAGAACCCGACGACGCGGACGAAUUUGACGAGGAUGAACGAAGCGAUGUCGAGUCUCUAGCCUCCCUUUCUUCCACGCCCUCCCUCGACGAGCUCGACAAUCUCGAACAGAAUACCGAGGAGCCCACCCAGACUGAACCACAUCAAAUUGCUCCAUCAAGCCCUGCCCCAUCCGAACAUCAUCAACUGGACCUUGUCGAAGACGAAGCCAUCAAAUCCGAAGCCAAAGAACUACUCCGCUACUCGGCUCUUCCCAUGGCCAUCACUUCUCGUGCUAGACAAGUCCUCUACGCUCGUAUCCGCACACAGCGCGCUCAGGAGGCGUACGCUGACGCGCUGGACGUGCGGGCUAGUUACAAGGAAGAGAAGAGGAUGUGGCAGCUGUUGGGACGAGAGCCACCAGAGGACUUAGUCCUGGUUAAGGGGGAAAUACCGCAGGAGCCGGUGGCUACGGGGAGGCAUACGGGGGUUGAUGAGCUAUUGGGGACGAGGGGGGUGGAAGUGGGCGCUUGGAGAGACAAGAUUGAGGAGGGAUUUGGAGGAGCUGAGUGGGAGGUUGAGUGGCAGAGGCAUCUAGAAGAUUCCAAGGAGCGUGGGAGGUAA